AUGCAAGCACAGACCCUGUUCCACCAAGAUCUGUUCCAUUCCUUUGAGGCUAUGAAGACGGCAGCUCCAGGAAUGUCUAGACAAGCCUUUACUGCAAUGUUGGACCAGAGAACAAAGCAGUUUGGAAGAACUGGCAAGGUGAAUGCAGAUGCUUUUCAGAGAAGCUUUCUGCAGUAUGUGUACUGCACAUUUGAAGAGAAUAAAACUUCUGGGAGUGAAGAGCCAGGCUUCUUUGACGGAGUGUUUUUAGCCCAAGACUCUGAGGUUUCCACUUUUGUGGAGGAUGUUCGAGGGGCUGUCAAAAGUACUGCAGGAAAAGCAAUGUGUGGGGAAUCUCACUGGACAGCAGCAAGGGAGACCUCUAAGCGAGCCAACAAGUUGGAUGAAGAAGGUGUUGAAAUUGCUGUGUGUAGGCAUGGAUUUCUUCUCAAAGAGGAGAAAUCUUAUCCGAUGUUUCUCCAAAAAGAGUUCCAGAGUGCCUCACUUUUGGCAAUGGACGUGACGUGUCGGUAUGUACCAUAUCUUGACAAAGUGUCAGAAGCCUUGCCUCAUCUUCAGCCCCUAAAGGAAAUGAGACAUUGCUUGUCUGUGAUGCAUGCCAAAGCCCACAACACCAAAUGCGAGAUUAUUUGGAAUGCACGGAACCAGGAGGGUGCCGGCACCACUCUUGGUGAAGAAGUGGAACAAGUAAACAGCUUCUUAUCCAGAUGUGGCCUAACAACUAAAUACAUGGCCAAGUCAGCAAGAACUGGCAUGCUCACAGUCCAUGCUAUGGGCUGGAAUCAUCGCAAAGAGAAUGGCCUCCACAUUGCCAUGUCCUCUAGAUUCAAAAAAACAGCAGAAAAGACAGAGGCUGUAACUGAGAGCCUGAAGAAAAUGCAGGACCAGUUGAAUUGCUCUGAUGACAUGCUAGAACUGUGGGUUGAUGAUGUCAAACAGUGGGCCAGUAAAGGAAGUGCAUCAGCCAGUCCUGCAGAUGCUGGUUGUUUGCAGAUCUCAAUAGAAGCACUCUUUGUGAGCAUUUGCCAGAAAAAGCACUACCUUUACAGACAAAAUGAUCGUAACAAAAGGCGUCAAAAGAUCGUCCAAAAGGUUGCCCAAGAAAAGAAAAGGUUGCUAGAGGACAUCCACAAGUACAACCAGCAACCUGAUGGUGACCCUAUUGACACCAACACGGUUGUGGAGAAACUCUCAACCAAAUCUGCAGAGAGCAUGAUCUGGCCUUGGCAGGAACCCAACAGAGACGGUGUGGACAUUCUCACUAAGAAGGGGCUGUUUGACCAAAAAAUGCUUCUGUCACGACUGACAGAAGAAAAGCAGAUCCUUGUGAAGGAGAUGAUGCAGCACUGUCCGUACCUCAAGGACUCUGUAUCAAAGAUCCAGACACUGAUGGCCUCAGUUUCAUUGAUCACACAGACAGGAAGUAAGUGAACCACAUGGAUUUAUUCACUUUAAAAUACAUAAGCCAAUGUUUUUCAAACCAGCAAAGGCAAACACACUUUAAAGAAGAUUUUAUCCAUCUGUUUGUUUUUAUUUGAGCUGACUGCAUUCUAGUCUUUCUUGACCUAAAUAAGUUUGAAGACGAGGACAUGGAAGAAGAAAAAGAAUGGCAAAGUGACAACAGCUCAGAUGAUGAAGAUGACGCAGAAGAAGGGACUUGACUUGUGGAAAGUUACUUGGUGCCCUUAUGCAGUUCUAUAGUUAAAGCGGACAUAUUAUGCUUAUUUUCAGGUUCAUAUUGUGUCCAUAUAUCUGCUUUUUUACUGUUCUUCAUUUUCACAGCUCCCUUCAGCCAUUCUGACUUAAUAAUCAGAUUUCAGCUAGCUGACUGUUUUAAGUGAAUAAAAAGGUAGUAAAGUGACACAAAGCAGUCUAACAACUAACCCGUGGUGUUUAGCUA